CCCCGGCAAGAGAUACUGCUUUCACGUGCGGCAACUUUGUCUUGUACUUCGACAACGUCUUACGACUUGUCCUUUGUUUGGAGUACGUCAUCAAUGCGCGGCAAUGCCAAUUCUGAGUAGGCAGACGCCUAAACUGUUAACCAAUAUCGGCGGAAAGCGCCAUGCGAGCGCAGACGAUCACGAAGAACCGUUACCCAAGAGACGAGCGAACGAAAAUGCCGCUCCAAUAAAGAGGCAACGGGAGGUUGAUGUCAACGCUGAACCCUUGUCUUCCGACGAUGAAAUACACGCUCCCUCACCACGACCGGUCCAGCCCUCGAAGCCUGGUAAACCUACGCCGAAGAGCACCCUAGAUACUCUAAGGGGACCUCAAAAAAAGCCUGGCAAGAAAACGCUUGAAACAAUACGUCCGCCCGCGAGAGGGGCGUACCAGAAUGGUCAAGCCCAUAAGUCGACUGCAGGCCUCGACGAUAGCAAGGAACACACUCCCGCGUCUUCCGCGGGAUCAUCCAGCGACAGUCCAAUCAAAUGGGGUAUGGAACACGUCUCUCAAAAGAAGAACACGAAUGGCAAAGGCUAUGGCUCGAAGAGCAAGAACAUACAUGCACCACCUCCAAAGAAGUUUGGCAAGGCAGCGUCAAAGACCACUACGCAGACGUACGGAUCAAAGAACAAAUCCCGGAAUGGCAUGUCGCAAGCCGGUGCUGAGAGUGACGGAAGUGUAUCUGGUUUAGACGACGACGAGCUCUUUGCGCUCCCCAAAGAUAGUGACAGACAACAAAAGAUGAAUGAUUUAGGACUACGUGAAGUUGAAAAGAAAGCAAACGGUACAAAAGCCAAGAGCACCAAUGCUACAUCUACUGCAUUCGACGACGACGAACUGGACAGAGAACUAGGGACCAAACCAAAGAGCCCUAAGUCGCUUAAAGCAGAAAAGGCCGCCAGAACCGCCCGCCUCAUGAACCAGCUUAGCAGUUGGAAGGAAAAUCAGGAACCGCCGUCUUCGCAACCACAUUCCAGUGCACCACAAGAAGCCCUCGACGACAUCAACAGUUACAUGAGCAAACUCCAGCCAGUGGAAGAGGAGGGCUCGCGAUGCCUGCUAUGUUCGAAGUCCGUAGAGCAAGAGGACUAUUGGGACUUCUGGAAAGGCAAAGAGAGAACAGUCAAGAACAAAUCUGCAUUCUGCCAUGCGCAUAAGAAGAAGUCAGCACAGAAGGAAUACACUGAGAUGGGAUAUCCGGACAUUGACUGGAAAGCACUUCCCAGGCGAAUACGCAGGCACAAGACGACUCUAUCGCAGAUACUCAACAACGACGAGUUUAGUGUACACAGAGGUCGUUACGAGCCGUUGGCUCUGACUGGAAAAGCCGCCGCUGUACCCUCGAGGCGAACAGAUCUUGCAGAAGACGUGCAAGAAGAGCUGGAAUCAUACGCUCUCGACGAGAAAGCCGCUUACCCGGGCUACUAUGGUUCUCAUGGUCGUCGCGUCAUCACAGAGAGCGUCAUGGAUACUCUAAAGGUCGAGAUGAAGAACUGCAAGGAUCGCGUUGUGCAAGCAUCCGGCAUCGCAGCCUUUGUACAAGCUGUGAUGGUUCCGGAGGCGGCAAUCCUACUGAUUAUGGAUGAUUGUUCAGUGAACAGAGAAGAGGCGGAUAAGAUCAGGGAGAAGACGUACGAUAUGGGUCUCCUUCUCAACGAGGAAAUUGAGGACGAGCUCGAAAGACAGGACGACAGUGAUGAUGAAAACGAGUAUCAGUACAAGUGAUGAGAAGUGGAGAUUUAGAGCCCCGCCAGGUUUGUCACAAGCGCUGUUUCUUUCUGCGCUUUGCAUGACGCGUUGCAUUUUUCGUUGGCUUCGGCCACAUAUUGCUGCGUAUUCUGAUACCCAAAUAUUAUUCCGAGGCCAUUGUAUUGCUUAUGAUUCAUUCUGCUGCACCCUGGCACGCUUUCAUACCCUUACGGUGGAUAUUUCUGCUCUACACUCUACAGCACCAAGCGACCAUCAUCUUUCUUCACUCGUAAGUAGUACUUGUCGACCCCCAUCUUCUCACUAACUCGCGUCCUCGGUGGCUCUGAUUGUAGUCUCCACAAUCGCUUUACGAGUACCUCGCCAGUGAGCCUAAGAUUUCAAAAUCCUAUAUGCAUGCAUGCAAGUAUUCUGCUACAUUUCUUGUACGUCUCUUACUGAUAUUGGAUGAUCCGAUAUUGAAACUAUGAAGAUCACCGUAGCUGAAGAAAGAAAUGCGA